AUGGGUAGGAAAGGAAUCAGCAAAAGCAAUCUCUUUGAUGAUAAAAGAGAUGGUUUUUUCUCAAUCUCCAAUCUAGGGUCACAGUGGGGUGAUAUAGGUCAUUCUGAGGAACAAGGGUAUUACCCUGUUGGUGGUUUGUUUGCAAGCAUGAGUCAAAUGGGAAUGGGGUUUGGUGGAGUUCCAAAUCCGAAGUCUCCGUCUUCUGAAAACUCGUCUUCUCAACGAAACAAUGGGAUGAAUGGGAUGAAGAUUCCCUGUACUGAGCUGUACAUUAGGUAUGUUCAAUCAGAGGGGAAAGUGAAGAUUCUUUGUGUUCCUGAUGAGGAGGAGGGUGAAAUAGUGGAGGGUGUUGAGAGAAAGAAAAAGGGUGGUGUUAAGAAGUUUAAGGUUAAGGUGAAAAACCCUUCUUUGAGGAAGCUGAUUAGUGGGGCUUUUGCUGGGGCUGUUUCAAGGACUGCUGUUGCGCCUUUGGAGACUAUUAGGACUCAUUUGAUGGUGGGGAGUAGUGGGAAUUCUAGUGGGGAGGUGUUUAACAAUAUCAUGAAUACUGAUGGGUGGAAAGGGUUGUUUAGGGGGAAUCUUGUUAAUGUUAUAAGAGUUGCACCUAGCAAGGCUAUUGAGCUAUUUGCUUAUGAUACCGUUAACAAGAACCUUUCAUCAAAGCCGGGUGAAAAGCCUAAACUCCCAAUUCCUGCAUCACUGAUUGCAGGUGCUUGUGCUGGAGUUAGUUCAACUAUUUGCACAUAUCCUCUUGAAUUACUCAAGACUAGAUUAACUGUCCAGAGAGAUGUCUACAACGGUCUACUGGACGCGUUUGUGAAAAUAAUUCGAGAAGAAGGUGCUUCGGAACUUUACAGAGGCCUUGCUCCAAGUCUCAUUGGAGUCAUUCCAUAUUCUGCCACCAAUUACUUUGCUUACGACACUUUGAGAAAAGUGUACAAGAAAGUUUUCAAGCAAGAGAAGAUCGGAAACUUUGAAACCCUUUUGAUAGGUUCUGCGGCUGGUGCUAUUUCUAGUAGCGCUACUUUCCCACUCGAAGUGGCUCGCAAGCAAAUGCAAGUUGGAGCGCUCAGUGGAAGACAGGUUUACAAGAAUGUGAUUCAUGCACUUGCAUGCAUACUUGAGAAAGAAGGUAUUCAAGGUUUGUAUAGAGGAUUAGGACCAAGCUGCAUGAAGCUGGUUCCAGCAGCAGGAAUCUCUUUCAUGUGCUAUGAAGCUUGCAAGAGGAUAUUGGUAGAGGAAGAAGACGAGGAAUAG